AUGUGGUGGCCGCGUGCCACGGCAGACCGUCUUCAGACCUGCACAUUUUGGUUCCUUUGGCUCUUCACAUGGGACGACGAGAUCGACCAGUCUACCUCUGACCUUUUUAUCCAUAUCCACAAAGCCAACGAUUUCCGGAAGGAGUCAUUAGAAUACGUCAAAUUCUGUCUUGGGGUAGGAGAUGACGAAACCGCCAAGUGGGACUUCCAGAACAAUCCCCCGAACCGCCCACUCAUUCGGAGUCUGGACGUGAUCGGGGCACAUCUACAGAAGGUCUAUAACCAUGAUCAAAUAAUGACCUUUGUUAACGAAAUUGAUUAUUAUAUGGGCUGCCAGCAGCGGGAGCAAAAGCGCAAGUUGACUGGACGACUUCCUAUCGUCGCCGAAUACCUAGAAACGCGAAUGGGAACCAGUGCUGUUACCUCGAUGUUGGCUCUCAAUGAGUAUGGUGGCGCUCUGAUACUAGGAUUGAAACGCCGCUAA